AUGGGCUGGGGAGGCAAAGCAAAGACGUAUCUUGAGGUUGGAACAAAAUUGUUGGAACUUGGCAUUGACAAAUUGCCGACCAUUGUCCGUGACGAUGGUGUUGGGGGAUGUCGAAGCGAUAUACGAUGUUUUCCAAACAAAAGUUUUGAUGCAGGCUACAGUGAUGGCAUAGGUCCAAUGAGGUCAAGUCCUCAGUGGGCAAAUGGCCAAGGUGACAGCCAAAAGUAUCCUGCUGAAUGGCCUGUGGUGCUAGGGAGCGAGCACUGA